UAACAAAUUUGCUUGUAAUUUUCGUAGAAAUGAUGAAGAAUCCGAUGAGUAAUGAAGCCAAUGAUGAUUUCAAAUACAAAGAUUUCUUUUCGGUGGACGAAUUUCUUGCGCAGGAGGAGUCGUUAGCGACGAAUCCUGAUUUUGGAGAACCGCAGCUCUUCAAUGAACAAAAUUACUUUGAUGAGCUUCCAAACUCCUCUUAUCUUAGUCAUGAGGUGGAUCCUCAGGGAAACUCGGAUGUCUUUUCCGAUUUGGUUUUGGACUACAUCGGUCAGAUGCUCAUGGAGGAAGAAAUGGACGAUAAGUUCGAUAUGCUUGAAAGCAACCCAGCGCUCGAAGCCACUGAAAAGCCCUUUUACGAAAUCAUCGGUGAGAAGUACCCUCCUUCUCCGGAUCGUCCUCCAAUAUACUCUAGUCCGAGCUCCGAGAGCUCAGAAGGUCAUCGGAGCCACAAUUUCCACAGCAGCGGCAUCACCGGCGUCAAUGGUUUUGCAGACAACAAUCAAGAUCCGGCUUAUCCAGAAUCCACUGAGCUCCCCCACUCUCGGAUCUACUCUUACCAGACUUCAAUCAGCUCAGACUAUAGCGUUGCUAGUUUCCUGGAAGGUGAUGCAGAUGAUUUCUCUGAUCUGCUUUACAAAAAUCUCCCUGCAUCCCAGUUUGAGAAAGGAGUAGCAGAGGCAAUGAAGUUCCUUCCCAACGAAGUUAAGUUGGAUGCAGGCGAUAUCGGAUUCGAAUCGCCCCAUGAACUGAAAGAAGAUCUUGCUUCCAUUGAGGGCAGGGCCGACGAUGCAAGUGGCAGGCGGCAGAAAGGCCGACACGACAUUAAUUUUGAUUUGGAAGAACAGAGGAGUAGCAAACAAUCUGCAAUCUCGUAUGAAGAACCAACCGUUUCCUCCGAGAUGUUCGACAUGGUUCUCCUCUGCAGCAACCAAAAGUUUCCCGAAGUUAUCACCACCAUUAGAGAAACUAUCCAGAACGAAGCAGCAAACAAAAACUCUUCAGAAAUCACUGAAGUUAAAGAGCCAGGAAAAGGCCGGAAAUCCCGCAGCAAAAAGAAGCAACCAAAGAAGGAGGUUGUGGAUCUCCAAACUCUACUGAUGCAAUGUGCACAGACUGUAGCAGCCGGCGACCACCAAAGAGCCUACGAGUUACUGAGACAAAUCCGGCAGCAUUCGAACCCUCACGGCGACGCUUGGCAGAGACUGGCUCACUACUUCGCCGACGGCCUCGAAGCUCGCUUGGCUGGAACUGGGAGUGCGAUCUACAACGCCCUAGUUUCUAAGCGUAAGACUGCUUCCGAUGUGCUGAAAGCUUACCAGAUUUACCUAGCCGCCAGCCCCCUUAAGAUGGUCUCCUACCAUUUCUCAAACCAGACGAUCAUCAACGCAAUCGGGAAGGCAACCAGAGUCCACAUUCUGGACUUCGGCAUAUACUUCGGUUUCCAGUGGCCCCCCUUCAUGAAGAUGCUAUCAGCCCUACCCGGCGGGCCUCCGAAGCUUCGCAUCACCGGAAUCGAUGUCCCCCAGCCCGGAUUCCGGCCGGAAGAAAGAAUAGAGGAGACUGGUCGCCGGCUGCAUCAUUAUGCCGAGAGAUUCCACAUCCCUUUUUCUUACCAAGUUUUGGCGUCGAAGCUUGAUGAGGUGAAGGUUGAGGACCUCCACCUCGACGAAGAGGAGGUCCUAAUCGUUAACUGCGUGUUCCGUCUAAAUUGUUUGGGCGAUGAAACCAUGAACGUAGAUUGCCCGAGAGAUAAGUUUUUAAACAACAUAAGAAAACUCAACCCUGCUGUGUUUGUGAAUGUGACUGCAAGCGGGACCUUAGGAGCUCCAUUUUUCUUGACGAGAUUUCGUGAGGCUUUGUACCAUUUCUCUGCAUUGUUUGAUAUGUUAGAGGUGACUAUGCCGAGAGAGCACGAGCAGAGGAUGCUGGUUGAGAGGGAUCUGUAUGGAAAGAGUGCCAUUAAUAUUAUCUCUUGUGAGGGAGCAGACAGGUUGGAAAGGCCGGAGACGUAUAAGCAAACGCAGGUGAGGUGUUUGAGGGCUGGGUUCGAGCAGUUUCAUAUUAGCUCAGAGAUUACGAAGAUGGUAAAGAGUCGAGUGAGAGUUCAUUACCACAAGGAUUUCAGCGUUGAUGAAGACGGUAAGUGGCUGCUUCUGGGAUGGAGAGGACGAAUCUUUAUUUGUCUAUCGGCUUGGAAACCUAGCUAUUAUUUGAGUUCUUAGUUCUUGUUUGCUGCUGUUUCGAGCUUGCUUAUGGGUAGGGAAGAAUGUAAUAGAAGCUGGUAUUGUACUGGUUUAUUUUAUCGUCAUUUCUAUUUGCACUAAAAUGAGGCUUAUUCAGUUUUUCCAGUUC